AAGAAGAGGGACAAGAUCGCCGGCGCAAGGGUUGUUGAUGAUAGUUUCAAACAGCGUCGAAAAAAGUUGUCGAAGGGUUUCCCGAUCAACCGAAACCCGGGGGUUCCCGAGCUUCGUCAUCUCUCGAGGUUUCAAGAUCGACGCUCAAUAAUCUUCAAUCGCUCAAUCGAGUCGUCUUUCCGACUCAUUCGUUCAAUCUCAUAACAGCGCUUUAGCCUAUUAACAGAUCACUAGAGCCCCAACACGGACCAAUCUGCCCAAAUUGUCAAGAUGACGGAAGAGAUCCCGCUCGAUAUCGACGGAUACGCAUCAGAAUACACCGGUCGUACCGCCAUCACCAGGCUAUUGGCGGUCUCCAAGUACGAUAGCGUAGCAGGUUCACGUCUACGUGCACUCCUGCUCGCCAUCCGUCAAGUCAAGGCGGUCACGUUGGAUUACGAGCUGUACGGCACCCUAUUGGAAGAGCUCAGGCCAUAUCGGACACAGAAUGUCGGCGAAGCAGAAACUGGCACUUUACCUCGAACUCUCAAUGAUAUCGAUGUACUCGAGGGUAUGGCAGAUCUCGAGGCAGAGGUGGCGGGUAGGAUCGACGAAGCUUGGCUUGCUACCACCGCUCAGCAAGUCAAGAAGCAGGACGACAAGCUCGAGGCCGAGAUGCGAAACUACUCCGUCAAUCUGAUCAAGGAGAGCAUUCGACUCACUCACCACGCACAAGCUACCCAUGCAAGGGCUCACGGGGACAUGGAAGCGGCUCUCAAAUCGUACGCGCAGACGAAAGAUUUCAACUCGAGCGCACGGCACGACCUGGAAAGUAGUCUCGGCACGAUCGAGGUUUCGCUCGAUAUCGGAGCAUUUGCGCACACCCUUCCAGCCGUAGCACGAGCCGAGUACGCGAUCAACCGGCUCAUCACCAACUCGACUUCUAUGGCCGCAGGCGGGGUUCAGAUUUCGUCAUCCAGAGAUCACCCGGCGAUUAUCAUGACAGGCGCGCAGCAACGGGAGAAUGAGAGGAUCACGGGAGAGAUGAAGGAGAUGAGCGCCAUCACCGAUACCAAGUUGCGCGUCGCUCGAGGGAUCGUCAAGGUGGGUCAAGGGUCUAGCCAGUGGGCCAGUGCGGCCCGGGAGUUUGGUGGAAUUUCGGGCAAGCUGGAGGACUGGGAAGGCACGGUCGUGGCCUCGGGAGAUAUAGCGGUCUACGCCACUUUGACUAGUCUGGCGACCUGCAACCGGUCGACGAUCAAGACCCUUCUGCUGGACAACAUCCAGAUGAGGUACUUCAUGGACUAUGGUAGCGCUGCCUAUACUCGAGAACUCGUCGACUGUUAUAUGCACGCGCGUUACCAAAGGCUGCUCGAGAUCUUACGUGAACGCAAACCUCGUCACUUGAUCGAUCCUUUCUUGAGACCGGUCAUUGCCGCUCUAGAGGAUCACAUCCUGCAAAACGCUCUCGUACAAUACUUCCAACCCUACAACAGCGCCAGCUUUUCGCGAAUGCUUGCGUCGUUUGGCCAGGAAGACGAGAACAGCCGCAAUGAUCUUGCAGGCAAGCUCGCGAUGCUCAUCAAGACAGGCCGUCUCCAAGCGAGAUUGGAUUUGGUGGAGAUGGCCAUGCAUGCGACCAAGCCUGAUCCUCGACAGUCUCUGUACACCGAAGCGCUUGCAACCGGUCAGAAGGUUCAGUCGGCCAGCCGCAAAGCGAUGCUUCACAUGCAAUUGGUCGAGUCGGGAUUGUCUCUGGAUGGUAACAAGGGCCAAGCCAAGAAGAAACCAGGCAAAAAGCGAGGAGGUCAACAAAAUUGACCGGGAAUGGACGACAGGGCGGAAAAAUAACGAGCUUUAACGAAUGACGAUCACCACGUCUGAUGGUCUUCUGUCUCUCCACUACGUGAACAU